AUGGCUGAGAUCAUGGCACCCUCGGCAGGGGUUAGAAAGUUGGUGUGUCGUUUAUGUCAAAAAGGAUUUAUCAAGGCCGAGCAUCUACGAAGGCAUGAGCGUUGCCAUACCGGCUCCAAACCAUACGUUUGCAAAGAGUGUCGCCGUCCAUUUGCCCGGCAGGAUGCGCUUACCCGCCAUGAGAAGCUGCACCUGCGUGAUGUCAACGUGAAGAAUGGUCCUUCUCCCGCUUCGAUGCCUUCGGCAUCAUUGGAUUCUACUCCAUCGUGGGAUACUAGCAGUGCUUCAACAGCAGGCCCGGCUUCAACAUCUGCCACUAGUCACUCCUGGGGAGACUCGGCAUCUAAUCACCAUUCGAACAUGCACAAUGUUGCUUCCGAUUUGGAUUUUGCUCUUAUUUGGCCAGACUCGGAGGAUCUAUUCCAGAGUCUGAUGUCCUCCGAUACGGCAGAUCAAUGGCAGAUGCCCUUAGGAACACUGCCUUUUCCACCUGUCGUGCAGGAUGUCAAUGGAAUGAAUUUUGGAUCUCCCAAUUCUUUCCAUGAUCGGAGCUCCUCAGUCGGUGCAAUUCCUUCGGGGGGAGGCCAUCAGGCUGUGCGGGAUGUGACGGAAAUGGUGACCAGCUCGUCCUCGAGCGUUACAGCAGCAGUCAAGGCCACCUCCAUCACAUCGGUCUUUCUUGAUGAAUGUCUGCACAUGUUCUUUGUCCGUUUCAUCCCGACCUUUCCUGUUUUACACAGAGCCACCUUUGUGUUCAGGGAAUGCACCCAUGCAUUGUUACUGAAUGCCAUCGCCAUUGGAUCCUUGUACCUUGGUCCUAGUGACUCCGUGGCCAAAGGCGAAGCUCUCUGGCGACUAGCCCACACUGCCGUCGCCACAUCAUGGCAGUCUUUGAUCACCCAUAACGGCCCCUAUGAUACCUGCAAGGGAGUACAACUCAUGAUCACAGCCCUUCUGGGCCAGAUAUAUGGUGCUCUAUCCAAGAACCGGGCCAUUCGAACAACAAGUCAAGUCUUCCGCCCGCUGGGUUUCUUCUGGGCCAGGCAUUGUGGCAUGUACGAUAGCCAGCCAUACUCAAUGGAGAAUCUCCCCUCCACUGAUGCACCUGCCGCAGAAAAGGAUCACCAGUGGAGGAUAUGGUCUGCAAGGGAAAUCCAACAACGUGCCCUAUUGGCAUACUAUGUGCUCGAUGGGCUUGUCGCCCAAAUGUCUGGCGAUGGUGCUUCCGCUCGGCAUGUUUCCAACCCCUUGAGCCUUUCUAGUAGCGAGGCUGCCUUUGAUGCUAGCAACGCCGAUGAGUGGUUAGUACAUAUGCAUUCCCAGAAGCCCGAUCAAUCAUCCUUCCGCGCCGUCUUCCGAUCGUUGUUCCCUCCCGUUGGGAAUUUCCGGGCCCUGGAUUAUCAAUUUUCAGCAUUUUCUCUUCGCGUCGUGCUUGAAGGCCUCCAGUCAUUAAUCUCAGACUGUGACGAUCAUGAACUCACUGUCGGUGUGCCCAGCCUGUCAGAUGUGAGAAGAGCAUUGGCUCAGGUCCACGAGACUAUCUCCAUGAGUAUCCAUUUCUCUGCCGCUGAACGACUAGAGAUUUUGCUACGAUGGCACACAGUCUGCUUGGACACUAUGAUACACUCUACUGUUCUAUCUCGUCAUGUCUGUUCUCGCUACAAUAUCCCACAGCAUGUAUCUGGUGGCAGUCGAACAGUUGAACUCGGGUUCGAUCUUUUAGAAUGGGCCAGUACUGAAGAUGCCCGACGUGCAGUACUACAUGCCGUCGCCAUCCAAGAUAUCGUCGAGCAAUUACCUCGUGGUCGUGCCCAUGUUGUACACAUGCCAAGCUCUCUAUUUGCCGCCGCUACAAUCUACGUUGUCUUGUCUCUUGCUGGCGCGGCUACCGUUAACCUCCCCCGCACAAUUGUCUGGCAGGAAGCUUUGCUUUCCCAUUCAGACCUCCAUCUGGGCGACGAUAUUAGACCACCCUCUGGCUCGGACACUCGGCGCUUCGUCGAAACGGAACAGGGACUUUCGUCAAAUCCCUCGGGUGGCGCUGUUCGGAAUCUCCUUUACGAACUCAACUCAAUGCAGAAACUCUUUCGCUGCCUAUCGUCGCAAUGGGGCAUCGCUCGGGAUAUGGAAGAUAUUGUUGCUGAAUGGAUUCAACUCUGCCAUUAG